CCUUGUCCCACCCUGUCAGCAGGAAUUGUGAUAUAAGCAUGGGUUUUGAUAGACACACAGACUCCUGUCAAAAUGUCCAAGGGGCUUCUCCUUCUCUGGCUGAUGACAGAGCUCUGGUGGCUUUAUCUGACACCAGCUGCCUCAGCGGACCAAGUAAUAGGGAGUUUGGGCAAGUCAGUGACUUUGCCUUGUUUGUACUCAUCCUGGUCUCAGAGCCGCAACAGCAUGUGCUGGGGCAAAGGGGCAUGUCCUAAGUCCAAGUGCAACGACGAGCUUCUCCACACGGAUGGAAGAAGAGUCAUCUCCCGCAAGUCAGAAAAAUACACCCUUCACGGGAAUAUCUUGUUGGGGCAUGUGUCCUUGACCAUCUCAAACACUAAUCAAGGUGACAGUGGGGUGUACUGCUGCCGUAUAGAGGUGCCUGGCUGGUUCAAUGAUGUCAAGAAGACUGUGCACCUGGAGCUGAGGAGAGCCACAACAACCACAAGGCCAACAACAACAACUUCUCUGCCUACCACCACGCCUUACGUGACCACCACCACGCCUUAUGUGCCCACCACCACAGAGCUCCUCCCAACAACAGUCAUGACCACACCUGACCUCACAACCACAACACCUUCACCCCAAACACUGGCCACCACUGUCCUCACUACAACAGAAAUGAUGUGCCCCUCAACUCCACCCGACUUGUUCUCACAGGAAACCACGAGUUUUUCAGCCACUGAAAUCUUCACAGAAGGGUCUGCCAUCACUGCAGGUGAGAAUUUUCCAUUAUUUCCCUUUUGCUGGGUCCAAAGCUGGGAGUCUCCCAACAAUGUCAACGACAACUGGCCAGACACCACUGAAGAUAGUAAGAGUGUCCUCAAUGGCAUAUUUCAUGCAAGGGACGAUGAAGACGGGAUCUUUACUCUCUAACUCCUCUCCUUUUCUAAGGGUGAAGCAUGGGGCAGGGCUUGCAUUGUCAAAAUAAGUUUGUGGGCACUGAUUUUCU